GCACCAACAAAACGAACAGAGGAUUCUGGGACGUGCGCGUGCCUGUUUAAACAAUUUCAUUUAAGAAUAAGCAAAGGCAGGGAAUAAUGUUGCCGUUUCUUAUCACAGUUUAAAGUAUGACGAUGUUUUGACCGUGGAUAAAUGGACUAAAACGCAACUGGACGCACUCCGAGAUCCAAGAUGAUGGGGCGCUCGGGCAGAAAGAGAAGCAGCUCUGUUUGGGAUUGCUUUAAGCAAGUCGGAAACUAUGUACAAUGUAUGAGAUGUAACGCUACACUUAAGUAUUGUGGCGGGGCAACCAGCACCAUGAUGCACCACAUGAAGAAACACGCUGCAGCUCCGUUUACAGAGCCCAUCAGGGAGGAGGUGGAGGAAAAGCCGAUCAUCUGCACAGUGGUAUCCGCCGAUGAAGAGGAAGGCACUUCCGGACAAAUUAUGUCUCAGGCGUUUCUGCAGUCUCCCAUCCCCUCAACAGAUCUACCCCAAAACAUCGACAGAAAGCGUCUAAAGAGAAGUUCUGUUUGGGAUGUAUUCAUCAGAUCAGGGGAUGAGGUUUACUGCACCAUGUGCGACACCAAACUAAAAUACAAAAGCAGUACAACCAGCAUGAUUUAUCACAUCAAAAACAAGCAUUCAGAGGCACUGCCUACUCAUGCAGAGGUCAACGAGCUCAUCUGUAAAAUGAUAGAGAAGGACCUGCUCCCUGUCAGCGUGGUUUGUGGGGAAGGCUUUCGUGAUCUUCUUGCAUUUACGGUCCAGAAUUUUAAAAUGCCAACUCCCUUUGAUAUCACACGUUUGAUUGAGGGACAUUUCCAUGAGAAAGUAGAGGAACUCCAGGUACAAUUGACUAAAGUGGACAAAGUGGCAAUAAUUGCAGAUUUUUGGACAGGUAUUCCAUCUCAGAAAUAUGUGACAGUAUCAUGUUCGUUCAUAAGUGAGGACUGGCAGGGAAAGUGGGUUGUACUGCAAACUGAGAAGCUCCCCUCUGACAAAGGCCUCACUGCAGAAUGUGUCUCAGAUAAAGUUCUUAAAGUUGUAGAGGAGUGGGGUCUUGUUCAAAAGGUUACAGCAUGUGUUCAGAACACAACUGACAUAUUCCCAACUUGUGACUGUGCCAAGAUCACAUGGGACUAUGUUGCCUGCUUUGCCACAACACUGCAGUUAGCAGUAAAUGAUGGACUGUCGGAGGAUCUCCUUCAUAUUAUAACUGCUGCAGGGAAACUUGUUAGACACUUUAACAGUAACUCAAUAGCUAAUGAAGCUUUGGAGCAAAAACAGCUUCAGAUGUGUUUGCCCCAACUUAAGUUAAUUCAGUCAAACAAAAGCAGAUGGGACACUAUAUGUGACAUGUUUGAAAGCCUGCUGGAGCAGCGGUGGGCCAUUAAAGCUGUACUCUCAGACCGCACAGUUUUCAACAGGCAAGAAGCUCAAGCACUUGAGAUUGAAGAUGACUACUGGCAAAUUAUUGAGAACUUUGCAACUGUGCUAGCAACACUGAAAUGGGCAACAACCGCUAUAUCAGCCGAGGCAGAGGUAUCAAUUUCAAAUAUUUAUCCAAUAACCUUCAGCCUCAUACAGGCACAUCUAGAGCCUAAGGAGAAUGAUGUUGAACAAGUGGUUUCAUUUAAACUGGCAGUGCAGACAUCCUUAAGAAAACGUAUGGAGGUUGACUCAACUGAACUGGCAUCCAAACCGGCCUUGAUUUCUUCCAUGCUUGACCCUCGUCACAAACACCUCAACUUCCUGUCUCCAACAGUAAGACUGGCUGCAAAGGUAAAACUACAUGAACUGGUGUCAAAGUUGGAUGUAAGAGGUACAACAGUGGCCACCAACGAAGAAGAACACAAGACUUUUGAUACACCUAGUAGUUCUCAAGGAAUGAUGCCCACUCAAAUCAAAAGUGACAGGAAAAAUACUAUGAUGUUGCUGCUGGGGGAUAACUACAGUAGCCCAGAUACCACAGACUGUGAGGCUCAAGUAGAUUACUAUUUGAGAGAUAUAGCACUCUCUCUGGACAUUAACCCUCUUAACUGGUGGAGAGCAAAUGAACCACGCUUUCCCAAGUUGGCUAUUCUGGCACGUCACUACCUUUGUGUGCCAGGUGUAGCGCUCCCAUUAUCAACUGAGGGUGGACAAACAUUUGCAACUAUGCGCACAAGACUGGAUCCUGAGCAUGUGAAUAUGCUCAUCUUUUUAAACAGAAAUGUGACUCAUUAAUGGUUUUCAAUACAAAUUAAAUUGAUGCCAGAUUUUUUUUUACAUGUAUGUUAAGUUAUUUCAAGUUUGUAGUAAGUCAUUGUUGUUAUUGCUGUGUUUGUGUAUUAAUACAUACAGCUGU